AUGGAUAUCGCGGUGGAAUAUCUCGACAAUAGGGUGGACAUUAUUGAACCACUCGAUGCCCCUCGUGAAUGUGCCGCAGCAGCUUCUUCGAGUUCAGUGACUGCAAUCGGGAAAACUUUGCUCACAGGAGAAUCCGUGGAUACCAACAGUACUCGAAAACUAGAAGCAGAAAUCGAUUUCUCAUUAUAUGACUCAUGUUCGUGCAAGUCGAAGCCGCGGCCGUGUGUGUUCGUUCAUGGCUUGGGAAUCAAAAGGGAUAUGCCACGGAAUCGAGACCGGUUCUACUAUUGGGGCGACUUGGACGGUCAUGCUCCGUGCUGUACGUCGAUGACGUACGCGUACCUGAACACAUCGGGUAACCCUUGGACAAGCGAUACGUUGCAGGAAAAAGUCUGCAAUCGAGUCAUGGCAGUGAGCCAUACGAGUACGAACUCCGUCAUUGCAGAUACUAUCGUGGUGACCCACUCAAUGGGAAAUCUCAUGCUGGCCGGUGCGAUUGCCAAUAAAAAAUGUAGCCUUGAUUCGAGCUCGACGUGGGUGGGCUUAGCAGGGCCGAUGAGAGGGAGUAUGUGCUCCGAUUUUAUCCAAGACUCCUGUGCUGGUAGAACGACUGCUGUUUUGGAAACAGUCGCUGAGGCUACUGGAAAGUGCCCGCCAACAACAGGAUUGAAGUCUUUACCGAUUCAAGGUGGCCCACACAGCUCAGCAGAGCUCGAUGCGGCUUACACUGCUGCUCAAGAAGCUUAUCGAGACAAUGUGUACGCUGUGAUGUGCGGUGAAAACUAUACUGGGCUUGUUUCAUUGUAUCAGUCAAUAUUUUGGAUGCUUGGCAAGACUGUACCGCACAAGUCUAAGCGCAACGACGGGAUGGUAGAGUUCACCAGCUGUGCUGCGGGAAUUCCCGAAUCGAAAUUCGGGAAUUCCUAUCGUGACAGGUUUUACCGGACGAAGCUCAAUCAUUUUGACAUGGAGUUUGUAAGUGGCGAUGCUCUCAUUGACGAGGCAAAGAUGCCUGUUAAGUGGUUUGAGUGCUUACUGUAG